CGGUUCUACGAGCCCCGAGUCAGAAGUUAUAUGGUCGUUUUCGAGGAUGAGCAGUGUUCCUGGACCUCAGUGGGUCGUUCUGACCUUUGCUGCCCGGCGGGCACGCGAACUCGUUCUGCACACGCAGGAAUGCAUUGUCUUUGGUACUUGCUUGCGACAUAGCACAGCUCAUCUCCACAUGGCAUCGAUCUAAGUACAGCGACGAUGCGGCCGCGCUGCAAGCCUCGACAUCUGUUCGACAGCCUAAUGACCAUCAGGUCCCAGCUAGCCUCGGAAGGCAUCCGUCGACGACCUCCUCAGCGAUAUAAAAUCUCACAGCGCGGGGCUGCCUACUCAGCCCCGACGUCGUUCAGCUUCCUCUUCUCUCGAAUCAUGAAGCUCACUGCGCUCUCCGCUGCCAUCCUCUCCCUCGGCGCCCUCAGCGUCAGCGCCGCACCCGCUGCUGACGAGGCACAGUACUACACAUUCACCACCGAGACCGACUACGGCUGCGUCCAGUACACCUCCGGCACGAAUACGCACACUGCGACCGCGGCGGGCGUGACCUCGACUAUCCACGACGACAGCACGAAGACGGUUCAAGUUACCGACUACAUCUAUCCGCCUGCGAAGCGCUAUGACCCCACCGAUAUAACAAUCGGCGUCACAGUCGUCUGCGCGUCGACGUACACUGUCGACCCCACGAUUACGACCCCGGAUCCUGCCAUCACGGCUACCACGACUGCUUGGGCAGCUACGACGACGGAGGUUGUGGCGACAUACACGUACUGCGUGAAUGGAAACUUCUGUCCUUGAGCGAAGGGGAAAUGGAUGGGCGAUGUGAAGAGGGGCGAGCGCAAGGUUGAUACUAGAUUGCUGUAUAUUUGACGUGAUUCAGAAGGUCAUAUAUGCAACGUCGAGUGGUGGAAAAGGUGGGGAAGAUGUCGAGAACAAUGGGAGAAUGAAGCCCACGCU